AUGGAUAUCAAAAUUGAUAUCAUCUCCAAAGAAAUAAUCAAACCAUCUUCUCCAAGUCCAAAGAGUCCUAAAAGCCACAAACUCUCUCUUUUAGAUCAAAAGGCUGCAAAUUGUUACACUACGUUCAUUCUCUUCUUCCGGAAGGACACGAGUAGUGAUUUGGAAAAUGUAUUAGAUUCUCUUAAGGUAUCCCUCUCGAAAACCUUAAAUCACAUGUAUCCACUUGCAGGAAGAGUUAAGGAUGGAAUCUCGGUUGAAUGCAAUUGCCAAGGUGUUGAUAUAAUACGUGCCAACGUUCAUGAAGACAUGUCAAAUGUGCUUAUGAAAAUGAAAAUUCAAGUCCUGAGAAAAUUACUCCCAAUGAAUCCAUUGACAAGAUCAGAUGACAAUGUCUUGUUGGCACUACAGAUUAACUGCUUUGUUUGCGGUGGAAUUGCUAUAGCAAGAAGGUUCGUGUUCGAUGAGUUCAAUAUUUUGGCUCUGAAUACGAAAACAGAAGGUCCAAUUACUCCGGUAGAAGCUGUGCUAGCCUUUGUAUGGGAAGCAGUAAUUGCAGCUAUGCAGAGGACCAAUAAUAACGCUAUUAAGAAUUAUGUAAUUAGAAUUCCAAUAGACUUGAGGAGAAGAAUUCAACCCCCAUUACCACAGCAAACCAUGGGAAAUAUCAUACAUAUGGCUGAGGCAAAUUGGGAAGUUUCUGAGGGACCUUUGGACUACAAGUUAAUAGUGAAAAAGAUUCAAAAUUCAAUAAAGAAUGUGACUAAACAUGGCUAUGAUGCUAAGGCAGCUGGAAUCAGGUGCCCUGCUCCAAUUCUCUUGAGGCUUCAUGUUCUUGUUAUGGAAUUCAUAGGUAAUAGCAUGGAACACGAGCAACUUUCUGUUGAUGUGUGUUUCCGUGAAAAUAGAGAGGAAUUGAUUUUGUAA